AUGCCCGACAUGGCUCGCUUCGAUCCUUUCUCCCCAACCUUCGACCACCCUUUACUUAAUUCCAGCCCCGACUACGGUUCUCGAAAUGGCACAUUCAUUCGCCCGAUUGGUGUUGGUGUUGGUGGCGGCCUGGACUCACAACUAUCUUUCAGAGAGCGAAAUAAGCGUCUGAGAAAUCUUGAAGACGAGAAAAAUCAGUUGAUCGAGGACUUGUUGUACCAGCUCGAGAACACACAGAACCAACUAGAUCGACUACAAUUGGAUAACAGCCGAGAGAGUCAAUAUUCUAGAGAUGCUCAACUGCGAGAAAGCGCCCUUCAAGAACAAUUACUACAGGUUAAGAUGAUAAUGGACCGGAACUCAUACAUCGCAGUUCUCAUCGAUGCCGACCUCUUGGUUUUUACAAAAGAACUCCUAUCCAAGGGUGAAAAAGGCGGCAAAGAAGCGGCGAACAAUAUUUUUACCUUAGUGACUGCCUUCGUGGCCGACCAUUUACACCAUUUGGAAACACCAAAGAUUGUUGUACGAAUCUAUGCAAACAUCAAAUCAUUAUCCGAAACCCUCGCUAGGUUGAAGAUUAUCGAGCGGCCCGCGAUAUUGGACGAUUUUGUACGCGGCCUCAACAGUACUCAUCUACUUUUCGACUUUGUUGAUGUUGGCCCCCGAAUGAAUGCCACAAAGGAAAAGCUCAGUGAACAAUUCAAGACGAAUCUUUACGAUUGUCAUUGUCAUCAAGUUUUGCUGGGAUGUGGCAGCGACGGCCAAUAUGCAACUUUGCUCGAAGAGACGUUGAAAGACUGCUCAGUGCUUGACCAUAUCACUCUUCUGGAAGAUGUACCCUUUGAGAAAGAGGUUGCCACGCUGAAGGAGAAUUUCAAAACGACAAAGUUUGACAAUGUCUUCCGUACAACGAAGCUGGGUCCCGUGCCAUCUCCACCAAAAGGCCCAUUACAGGCGGUUACUGCCACUCUACCAGCACUCUCACGUGUAGAGUCGAACACCACGAAUGGUACCAGCUCGGGUCCAAGCACACCUGGCAUGACCUGGGCUUCCAUGACUGCGCAACCUGCAAUUGCAGCAUCGAAAGCGACAACUCCAGGGGCUUCCACACCCACCUCGAUGAAGAGUCCCGAGCCAAUCGUCUCAAAACCGGUCACCAAAGCCAUUGAUCGCAACCGUCACGGCCAGAGAAUCGACAAGGUGGACUCAUCAAUCCCAAACCAUGAAAUUCAGCGAAUCAAGAAACUCAAGCUCUGCAACAUUUACUACCUUCAAGGCUCGUCCUACUGCACGUCGAACAAUUGCUCACACUCGCAUACCUAUCCAUUGUCCAAAGGAGAACGGAACAUCUUGCGGGAAGUGGCACGAAUGACGCCGUGCUACUACAAGCUAGACUGCUCUGACCCCGAAUGCAUCUAUGGUCAUCGAUGUCCGCAGAAUGAUCCCAACAAAUCUGAUUGUUGGUAUGGGGACGCUUGCAGGUAA